GCAACAUUUUUUUUCAGCUUUGGAUUACGUUUUUCUUUCUCACGGAGUAGAUAAAUCUCUUCUCCAUUGGUGAAGUGACCAUGUGAAUUGACUCUUUGAUCAUUAUUACUCUCAUCUCCUAUUGAUGAAGUCAAAUUUGGUUUUCCCUUGUCCCUUCUUAUGAGAAAGGACACUACCUAGAGUGAGUGUGAAAAGACCAUGCUGCGCCGCACUGGAGAUAUUCGUGCGUGUCCUUCCAUUGACUGAGCCCGCUGGCUUCUACCUGCACAGGAGGUAGUAUUCUCUUGCCAGAUUCUUCUUCAACCACUGGUGUAGAGAAACUCGGUUCUUUGGAUGAUGCACUUCCUCCGGGGCACUGUGGCCUUACAUGGAAAGUUGAAAUGAUGAUGAAACGGGUUGAGCCGACAGCUCGACUCCAAUAGGUAAUAUUCCUCUGCGGAGUCCGCGGACAGUAUCGGCGGUCCUUUCAUUUUUUUUUGGCUGUGGCCAAACAGCUCGAGUCUUUUUGGCGGCAAAAAUGGUAGUGGAAGGAAUUACUGUGGGAAGAGCUGCAACUCCGUACCGAUUCUACUUGGGAGCUUUAAGAAGCAUACAGUCUCAAGCUUUUUCUUCAACCAUUCGAGCUUCUAUGGAGGACAAGGACAAAGUCUGCAAGGAAUUGGGAUUGUUUUCAUUAAGAAAGAAGAUUGGAGAUGUGGUACUUCGUGCUGAAAUUUUGGCAUCAACAGCACUGGAUUCAGAAGAAGCAAGACUAAUCAAGCAGGAACAGAUGAUUCGUGAAUACAACCUUUGGGAUGAUCUUGAUAAAUCAAAUGAAAUUCUUUUCGAGUUAGCUGAUUGUACUAAAGUGGUGGAUGCUCUCAAAGACUUACGAUACAAGGCUGAAGAAGCCAGACUGAUCACACAUCUAGCAGAGAUGGAUGCCAUAAACUACAGGUUUUUCAAGCAAGCAUGUAAUGCCUCUGUAGAUUUGAGCAAGUUCUUGGAUCUGUAUGAGAUAUCCAAGCUCCUUGGUGGACCAUAUGACAUGGAAGGGGCUUGUGUUACUAUUCAAGCUGGAGCUAAAGGUGUCUACCCUGAGAUAUGGGCGGAACGGCUUCUAAAAAUGUAUAUCCGAUGGGCUAAAAAGCACGGUCACAAAGGAAGGGUGGUUGAGAAAUAUCCUGCUAAGGGUGGGGGCAUCAAGUCUGCAAUUGUUGAGUUUGAAUAUGAAUAUGCUUAUGGAUAUCUUUGUGGAGAGACAGGCAUACACCGUAUCUUUGGAAAUUUUCAUGAUGGAUCUCUUGUACGUGAGACUAGCUUGGCCUUGGUAGAUGUUAUUCCCCUCUUCCUUCAUACAAAUUCUGACCUUGAAGUAGAUGAUGAAGAUUUAUUGAUCUCAUCCCUCUCAUUUAGUGGAGAAGAGAAGCUUAUUUCCCAAACUGAACCUGCAGUUAGCAUUCAGCAUAUUCCAACCGGCAUCAAAAUACAAUCUUCAGGUGAAAGAAGCCAUUUUGCCAAUAAAAUAAAGGCCCUUAACCGUCUGAAAGCCAAACUUCUUGUGAUUGCGAAGGAGAAGGGUAUAUCCAAUGUGAAGAACAUCAAGAGAGAUUCCAUUGAUAGUUUGUUGCAUCAAGAGGCCCGAAGGUAUGUUUUCGAGCCAUACAAGUUAGUGCAAGAUGUAAAAACUGGCGUCCAGCUGCCCAAAUUGAAUUCUGUUUUGGAUGGUAAUAUUGAAGCUCUUAUUGGAGCUCAUGUUAGUAUUAGACGGGGAAGUGACAUGAUCUAAACCGUAUUAGCUAGUUACUUUGUAUGCAUUUCUAAUCAAGAGAUUAGUUUCUGUAUUAUUUUUAUUUUUCCUCAUAAAUCAAAUCACGAGCAUCUGUUACAGCUUUUCUCAGUUUACCUUGAAAAAUUAUAAGAACAUCCAAAACUAAGCUUCUUGAUGCA